AUGAUGCGCAGCAAAGGGCCACACAGCCACUGCAGCACAGACUCAGUCCUGCUGCACACAGUCAGACCAGGUCCUAUCUGCUGCACCAAGGCUCCGGACCAGGUCCUCAGAAAGGGUCCUGGUCCACAGUUUGGACCUGUUUGCACACAGAGACCUGUGGAGGCUCAGACGCAGAGAGCGUGGAUAGAGAGAACUUUCCAGAAGAGAGAAUGUGUCCAGAUUAUUGUCAGCAAAGACACCAGCAGGUGCAGUUGUGGUCAGCUGGUGACCCAGCACACCUAUGUCCUACCAGGGGCCAAAGAGGAGGGGGGCCCCCUGGUUCAGCUGGAGGUCCAACCUGCAGAAAGAUGGAGCCCCCUCAAACACACCCAGACCUCCCCCACCGACGCCUACGGGAUCACUGAGUUCCAGGGAGGAGGACACGUCAACAAGGCCAUGUACAUCCGUGUCUCUUAUGACUCCCGACCAGACCUGCUGCUCCAGUUGAUGGUGAAGGACUGGCAGUUGGAGCUUCCCACUCUGUUGAUUUCCGUCCACGGCGGACUGCAGAACUUCGACCUGCCCCCCAAACUGAAGCAGGUUUUUGGGAAAGGACUGAUCAAAGCAGCCGUGACCACUGGAGCCUGGAUCUUCACCGGGGGGGUUAGCACCGGAGUGAUCCGCCAUGUUGGAGAUGCUCUCAAGGAUCAUUCGUCAAAGUCCAGAGGAAAAGUCUGCGCCAUUGGUAUCGCACCGUGGGGCAUCAUCGAGAACAAAGAGGACCUGAUUGGGAGAGACGUGACCCGGCCCUAUCAGACCAUGUCCAACCCACUCAGCAAGCUGGCAGUCCUCAACAGCAGCCACUCACACUUCAUCCUAGCCGACAACGGGACCAGUGGGAAGUAUGGGGCCGAGGUCCGACUGCGGCGGCAGCUGGAGAAACACAUUGCUCUGCAGAAGAUCAACACACGUCUGGGUCAGGGCGUCCCUGUGGUCUGUCUGAUUCUGGAGGGGGGUCCCAAUGUCAUCUCCAUCGUGUUGGAGAGUCUGAGGGAGGAGCCUCCGGUCCCCGUUGUCGUCUGCGAUGGCAGUGGUCGCGCCUCUGACAUCAUUUCCUUUGCACACAGAUACUGCGAGGAAGACGGGUAA